CACUGAUUCCUCUUGUACACACCCAAAAGAAGCUUCAAUCCCCCAAAUCCCAAAAAAUGGCUAAAUCCCAAUGGCCUUCUAUAAAUCCUCAAUCUCCCACACUCCAACGUAGUUUCAGAUUCCUACCCAUAUCUUUUGAUGUUCUUCCCCAUCUGGGUUUCUGUGGCGAUGGACAUUUUGUCGGCGUUUCUCUUCCCUCCGCCUCCUUCCACGUUCGUCAACGUGAUGACGGUGGUUAGCUCGACGUCGUUGGCUAUGGCUGGCCUUUCCGAGAUCAAAGGUAAGCAUUUGCAGUAUUCCAAGUUCUGGAAUUCAAAUAGUGGUUCGAAACUUUCAGCCCAAGAAUCUAAGCUUUCGUCGAAAUAUGGAAUGCUUUUGGUUUAUACUCCGGCGUUUCUAGCUGGCGCCGCGUCGUUUUGGCUCUUUCCCAGCGGUGAUGAGAGGUUUUUUCUGCUUAAAUCUGCUCUCACUCUCCAUUUCUUCAAGAGGAUCUUUGAGGUACUGUUUAUUCACAAAUACAGCAGUAAAAUGGUAUUGAAGACAGCAAUUCAAAUCUCCUUCAGCUACUUCCUGUCCACAGCAAUCAUGAUAUACACUCAGCAUCUUUCACAAGGGCUUCCAGAGCCACCCAUUGAUCUGAAAAAUAUUGGGGUUGGUUUGUUUCUUACAGGCAUUAUUGGGAAUUUUUACCAUCAUUAUCUCUUGUCACAAACAAGGAAACAAGAAGAAACAGCCUACAAAAUCCCCAAAGGAGGCCUCUUCAGCUUCGUCAUUUGCCCUCAUUAUCUGUUUGAAAUAAUUGGGUAUUUUGGAUUUGCUUUCAUUUCUCAGGAACUUUAUCCUUUGUGCUUCAGCAUUGGCACUGCUAUUUAUUUGGCUGGGAGGAGCUAUGCCACUAGGAAAUGGUACAUCUCCAAAUUUGAAAAUUUCCCCAACCAUGUCAAAGCUCUUCUCCCUUUUGUCUUUUAGACCCUUUUUCUAAAUUACAAAACAAAAAAAAGUCUUUGUUUAGAAAAAGGAGGGGAGUUUUUUAGAAUUAAAUAUGUUGUGUUGGGAAACAGGUCCUUUGUAUACACAUUUGAUAGUAGAAACUUCAUGCUGAGUUGAACUAUAAAGUUAGUUAUUAUACUUUCAAAUAA